UUUUUAUAUCAGUACAUCGUUCGCGGGUUACAUCUUAGACUUCACCAAAUCAGUAUAAUUUCAUCAUCUGGAUAGUGGUGCAAGUCAAGCUCUCAAUCAUUGUAUGCAAAGUGUGUCCUUGUUUUUCCGGAUUGUGGAAAAAUAAUAAAUAGAUAAAAAUUUGACUAUUUUUAAUAUAAGUUUUAAAGCUGUUAAAUAAUGAAUAUGUCGACACGUUUUGGAUACAUUGUUUUAGAUAACACGCCAUGCAGGUACUUGCAAGGUGUAUUAAAUUAUUUCAACGAUGUAUUAAUUACUAAAAUAUGUCGCUCGACAUCAAAAGAGGACUCACUUUUUUAUUUUUAGACUUGUAAUUUUUUUUUUUAUUUUAUUACUUUUAUUUUAUUUUAUUUUAUUAUUUUUAUUUUAUUAUUUAUUUGUUCUUAUUCGCACAAAGUUCUAUGAAUAAUCGAGAGAUUUGAAAAUUAAUCCGUCUUUUGAUUGUCAAACGUAAUUGGUUUCUUGUUUAGUUUUGCCCUUUGUCCCGCCAUGUGCAAAUCAUACGAAACAAAAAUGGCGGAAUGCAUACAUCCAUUCGUGAAGUUUGUUUCACGAAAAGUCAACAAAAUAAGGUGGCAGCAAAGUCAGAAGCAGGCGUUGGAAUGUGCAGACACUUUUGUUACCGGAAGCUGGGAUGAUGAGGACAACAAAAUUUGUUUGUGGUACCUUGGUACACAGAGGUCUCCACAGUACGAUGAGGGAGGGGGUCUGGAGCCUACGCUAAAGUGCGAGAUGACCCACAGUGGUGAUGUCACAGGACUAGAGUUUAUUGAACCAGAUGUCAUUGUGGCCUCCUCUUCAACUGGAUCAGUCACCAUGUACAAACAUCACACAGCAUCACAGACUUUGGGAAUACAGUAUAAGUGGCAGUCUCUUCAUCGUCAUGGUAACCAUUCAUGUCCCUGCACGUGCCUAGCUGUGCGAGAUAAAACAAUCGUUACAUCGGGAGAAGAUGGGAGACUGGUGAUACUAAACGCAGAGCAGAAAUCUCCACACAGAAUUAUAGAAAAUGCAGACAGUUCUACCAUCAACAAUAUUGUUUUCCUGAAGCACACAGAAGUCAUUACCGUGAACUCCUCGGGGCAGCUGAAGACCUUUGACCUUCGAUCAAAUUCUGAUGCUCCCUCACAAACCCUUUCUGUGAGCGGGGAGUUGACCUCUUUACACUGUGUGGACAAACAUCCUGGUCAGCCUCACAUCGUGGCCACAGGAAGUCAUGAUGGCGUUCUCGGAAUCUGGGAUUUACGACAAGAAGCGUCACCGGUCUCCCUCCUAGAGGCCCAUAAUGGACCUAUGUGGGAAGUUAAAUUCCAUAAGACAAAUUCAAACCACCUGUUCACUUGCUCAGAAGAUGGCGCUGUUUGGCAUUGGGACGCCUCAUUGGUUGGCUCCAGUCACAUGGUACAAACACAGUUCACAGGUACAGGUGCAGGUUCUGGUGGAGCGAAUUUCUCCCUCAAUCCAUCUUUCCAGUUCGGUGGAAGUGAGAAUGUGAACAAGUGGUUGUGUUCAGACAACAAAAAGAUGGAGAUCAAUUCUCUGAUUGACGACAACAUUCUCCCUGUGAACUCUGUAGACAUUGAAUCCCAGACUUUGAUAUGUGGAACAGACUCGGAAUCUCUAAUCACCAUCAGGUUACCUACCCUGAGGUAGUGAAUGGGUAGAGAUCUAGAGUGGUAGAACGAAUACAGGCCUGCGUUUAAAUCUUCUCUCCACAGGCUACCCUCUCUAGGGUAACACAGGCAGUUGUAGAGGUCUAGAUUUUUUUUUUUUAAAAAUGUAUGGAGGAUCAAAGGAUUUAAUGUGUGACAGGUGUGGAGGAUCAAAGAAUUUAAUGUUGUAUGACAGGAGGUGUGGAGGAUCAAAGAUUUCAUGUUAUGUGAGGAGAGGUGAACACAUCGUAAUCAUCAUACAUGUAUGUCAUCGCCAUCAGACUUUUUCUAUAAUUCUAUCAGAAAAUAAACUAGUGGCAGCCGUUCAUUUGAUAUACAGUGUACCUGUAAAUAUAUAGGAGGAAAGUCAAUAUACAGUGUACCUGUAAAUAUAUAGGAGGAAAGUCGAUGUGUUAUUGUUGCACUUGACUUUUUUAAAUCAGUCAAUGUUGUAAAUAAAGGAGGGGGGGGGGGGGGGGGAUGCUGGGUUUUGAUUAUUAAGUGAGGUAAGGCUCAACAGACUUAGAGGGUGAAGAUUGUGCACAGAGAUGACGGUGAAAUCUACGACAUCAAAAUUGAAGUGUAUUUCAAAUAUUUCUACCUACAUUUGUUUUGAAAAAUGAAAAACGGGUCUGAAAUACAAUGCAGAAGUAUUUUUGCUCAUUUUAAGAAAUUCAGGAAUUUUUGACGUCACCAUUUUACUCUGUUAUACAAUGUAUUAGGAGAUUAUUUUUUUGGAUAAAAAUUUUUAAUUGUAUAAUGGAAAAAUAGCAGUUUUCAGGUUGUUUUGCAAUCAUGGUUGUAGAGGUUUUGGCUCUGUGUAACAGUUUGUGUAUUGACAGACUUGAACAUCAGAGCCUGUAAAUACACAAAAUAAAACGGGGAAGCUGCCAUUCCCCGCAGAGAGAGUUGUUUACAGUAGUACAUCUUUACAAUUCCGAAUCUGGAUGUAAAGUGACAUGUAGGUUAAUAAUGCUACAAUGCAAUGGUAGAUAAAUUUAAAAUCUUGCUAGUUGUUACAGGUUUUAGAAUAGUGCGUGUAUGUACGCAGGUGAUUCUUGUUAACUCUUCUAUAAACCUAUAAAUGGAAGUCUUAUUUAAUGUAGAAGUGGUUAUUUACGCUGGGGGUUAAGUACUUAUUUUUCCACGCCCAACUUUUCGGGGGGGGGGGGGGGGGGGGUGUAACUGAAUAUUACAUUACGAGAUCCCAAUUUUGUCCCCAAAAGUUGUACUACUAUUGCAUUAUAGUUCUUCAAACUUGACAACAAAUCAUACUGCAGAAAUUUACCUGUACACCAAAUUUUUCUUUGCGGUACAGGUUAUUAUUGAGUUUGUAACAGAUGCUGUUUUUGAUGCUUGAGUUUGUAUCAGUACUGUCUGUCAUUUAUGCUCGAAUUUGUAUCAGUACUGUUAUGGAUACUCGAGUUUGUAUCGGUGCUGUUACGGAUGAUCGAGUUUGUAGCAUUGCUGUUACGGAUGCUCGAGUUUGUAGCAUUGCAGUUACGGAUGCUCGAGUUUGUAGCGGUGCUGUUACGGAUGCUCGAGUUUGUAGCAGUGCUGUUACAAAUGCUCGAGUUUGUAUCGGUGCUGUUAUUGAUACUCGAGUUUGUAACAGUGCUGUUACGGAUACUCGAGUUUGUAUCAGUGCUGUUAUUGAUACUUGAGUUUGUAACAGUAGUUAUGGAUGCUCGAGUUUGUAACGGUGCUGUUACGGAUGCUCGAGUUUGUAACAGUGGUGUUACGGAUGCUCGAGUUUGUAUAAGUAGUAUAAUGUAUUGGUGCAUGUUUAUAUUUGUACACUGAACAUUUUUUUUUACUUUUGAGGUGUACGAAAUCUUUGUUUACAUUUUUAAACAUCAGAACAAAGUUCUGGGUGUGAAUGUUAUCACAUCAUCAUGUUGUUUGUAAUGUGAAAAUAAAUUGUUCAACUUUA